AGAGAGAGUGACGUUUGAAAUGAGAAUGGGUUGAACGCCAACACAGCCACAUACUUGAAUGCAAAAUCUAACUCAGUGCCAUCCAUCAAGUCUUCAAGAUCCCUUUUGUGAUUCCCACGUCUCCCGCUAUACCAUUCCUUUUAAUCCCACUCCUUCAAUUCAAUUCGCCAUUUAAUAUUUCACCCCUCCUCAAUUUCUUCCCAUUCCAAUCUAAUUCACCCCCAUUUUCUUGCAUGGCCGCCCGCAUCUUUCUUCGAAUCUAAUUUCAUACAUUCACUUUCCCACUUCGUUUCUUGAUCGAAAAACCGAAUCUUGAGGGAUAGAGCUAUUCAACUUUUCUCGUUUUUUUUGUUAACUAUGACAGAAGUGCUGCAGUCACCCUCUUCUUCAUCCCCCCCUUCGAUUUCCACGCCCACGCACAAUCACAAUCACAAUCACGCUCUGUUUCAACCGUAUGGGGGAGAUGAGGUCGGUGCUAGGAUGAGAGAGGAGGAGGAAGUGAGGGAAAAGAGGGAUAAUGAGAGGAGGGAUCAGCUUUCCGUUUUGGCAUUGUUGGUUGCUCUGUUUAGGAAGAGCUUUUGGGUGACUUGCAAAACCGAAACCGAUGGCUUCUCAACCGGCGGCGGCGGUGGCGGUGGUAUGGAGAUCGGCUGGCCAACCGAUGUACAGCAUGUUAAUCAUGUCACUUUUGAUAGGUUUGAUGGUUUCAUGGGCUUGCCUGUUGAGUUCGAACCUGAGGUUCCCAGGAGGGCUCCAAGUGCUAGUGCAACUGUGUUUGGAGUUUCUACAGAGUCAAUGCAGCUAUCUUAUGAUCAUCAAGGCAAUAGUAUUCCUACUAUCCUCUUGCUUAUGCAAAGGCAUUUGUAUUCUCAACAUGGCCUUCAGGCCGAAGGUAUUUUCAGAAUAACUGCCGGAAACAGCCAGGAGGAGUUUGUCAGGGACCAACUAAGCAGAGGUGUAGUUCCCGAAGGGACUGAUGUACACUGUUUGGCAGGUCUAAUCAAGGCUUGGUUCAGAGAACUUCCAAGUGGGUUACUGGACUCUCUUUCACCCGAGCAGGUGAUGCAAUGCCAGUCGGAGGACGACUGUGAUGCGCUCAUAAGGCUUCUACCACCAACAGAAGCUGCUCUUUUGGAUUGGGCAAUCAACCUAAUGGCAGAUGUAGUCCAGCAAGAACUUUUUAAUAAGAUGAAUUCUCACAACAUCGCUAUGGUAUUCGCUCCUAACAUGACACAGAUGGCUGACCCGUUGACGGCUUUGAUGUAUGCUGUACAAGUUAUCAAAUUCUUAAAGACUCUUAUAGAGAAGACCCUACGAGAAAGGGAAGAGUCGGUUAUAGAACCAACUUCUAUUCCUCACAUGGAGUCUCCUGGCGACAACGGGAACCAGAGCUCUUCGACUAUGUAUCAUGACAGUUGGGCUGAAUCAACUGAAGAGACAGUACACGAUUUUGUGGCAGAGGAUCCUGGUUCAGACACUGACUGGGAGACGAGCCAAGUGGAAAAUGUCAGUGAUGAGGAUUAUCACAGCUAUUCGUCUUGCAGCGAAGAGUCUGAAGAAAGUGUCACUUGUGGAACUCCUCGAGGCCAUGGAGUAGUCGUUCAGAAUCGGGGUGGAGAGAGCACGAGGGAAGCAGGCGGGCGUGUCGGGUAAAUCUAAGCCGGCAAGUGAAGCUGCGGCAGGUUCGGGUAUGAAGAAGAUGAUGGAGAUCAAGUGUAAAGAAAGCAGCAACUUGAGCCGUAUUAACUCAAUGACUGAAUGGUUUGAAGGUUGGCGUUAAGAGUGUAAGGACCCACACCACACUCUUUCGCUCUUCUAUCACUAAAUUGUGUUUGCUUUAGAAAUAAUACUACUAUUUAGUUCUUGUUUAUUAUUCUGUGCUCCUAUUUGAGAGUAAUCUUCAUUGCUCUCAAUUAGGAGUAAUCUUCAUUUUUAUAAUUUUAAAUAUGUAUGAUUCGAUUUUUUUAGAGAGGAUUUUUUAAAUAUGUGGAUUUGAAGAUUACAUGUGGUUUGACUUUCGAGAGAGUAUGAUUGGAUGAUUUGCGUCAUAUA